GUAACCAAGAACAGUUCUAUCCAGGGGUGGACUGACAACUCAUGGGGCCCCCGGGCAAUAGGGGAUCAUGGGGCCCCUGUGUCCUUGCCCAAACUCAAAAAAGCCUAUGAAAAAGGUACCAGGGGCAUCUCAUGGGGUCCCCUACUGACCCCGGACCCUCGGGCGGUGCCCGAGUUUCCAAAUGGUCAGUCCGCCCCUGGUUCUAUCACUCUAGCACUUAAGCAAUUAACU